CAAAAGCCAGAGGUGCAAGAAACAGCCACUGCAGCAGGAGCGGCAAAAGCGUCAGCAGGAGCAGCAUCAGCAGCAACAAAAAACCCUCAUCAAAUCCUCACCUAGGCUCUCAGUGUAUCCAGAUCCACAUCUUCACUCAAGCCGGGAGAGGGAAAGAGGAAAGGGGGGGAGGAAAAAAAAAAAAACCCAACAACUUAGCGGAAACUUCUCAGAGAAUGCUCCAAAACUCAGCAGUGCUUCUGGUGCUGGUGAUCAGUGCUUCUGCAACCCAUGAGGCGGAGCAGAAUGAUUCUGUGAGCCCCAGGAAAUCCCGGGUGGCAGCUCAGAACUCAGCUGAAGUGGUUCGCUGCCUCAACAGUGCUCUGCAGGUUGGCUGUGGGGCUUUUGCAUGCCUGGAAAACUCCACCUGUGACACAGAUGGGAUGUACGACAUCUGUAAAUCCUUCUUGUACAGCGCUGCUAAAUUUGACACUCAGGGAAAAGCAUUUGUCAAAGAGAGCUUAAAGUGCAUCGCCAAUGGGGUCACCUCCAAGGUCUUCCUUGCCAUUCGGAGGUGCUCCACUUUUCAGAGGAUGAUUGCUGAGGUGCAAGAGGAGUGCUACAGCAAGCUGAAUGUGUGCAGCAUCGCCAAGCGGAACCCCGAAGCCAUCACCGAGGUCGUCCAGCUCCCCAAUCACUUCUCCAACAGAUACUAUAAUAGGCUUGUGCGAAGCCUCCUGGAAUGUGACGAAGACACGGUGAGCACCAUCAGAGACAGCCUGAUGGAGAAAAUUGGGCCCAACAUGGCCAGCCUCUUUCACAUCCUGCAGACGGAUCACUGUGCCCAAACACACCCACGAGCUGACUUCAACAGGAGGCGCACCAGCGAGCCACAGAAGCUGAAAGUCCUCCUCAGGAACCUCCGAGGUGAGGCGGCCUCUCCCUCCCACAUCAAACGCACUUCCCAUGAGAGUGCAUAAGCAGGGAGAGGUAUUCACAGCCUCGCCAGACUAGCAUCAUUUUAAAGGUGUUCACACACCGACUUUGAGUGUACUGUGCCUGGUUUGAUUUUUUUUUUUUAAGUAGUUCCUAUUUUCUAUUCCCCUUCCAGAAAAUUGCAUGAAACGAGGCUUCUGUAAUCAAUAUCCCAACAUUCUGCAAUGGCAGCAUUCCCACAGACAGAAUAUGUGUGAUCUUUCUGCCUCUCGGCAGGAGAAAAUACCCUCUUUUAUCACGUUCCUUCCCCAGGUCCCCUCAGACUCCUCUCAAACACAAAGCAUUCGCGUAAGGCCCAGUCAUUGUCAUUGGAAGCUGUGGGGCCCUUUUAAGAUGGUUGCCCCAGUAGAGUUAGCUGAUGAGAAGCGACUUAAUUUAAAUGCAUGUCUUAAAUGCCCAUAAAGGUGUUAAAUGGAAUUCGUGUGAUGAAUCUGUGCUGGCCAUGGACGAAUAUGAAUGUCGUGUUUGAAUUCUUGAUCUCUCAUGAGCUAGUGUCUUACGGUCUUGAUCCUCCAGUGUGUAAUUUCCUUUCCAACACAUUUACCAAAUUGCUCAACCCUGGCUCUUCAACCGGGCUUUGAGCCUGCAUCUUCUUGCAUCUAAUGAAAAACAAAAAGCUAACAUCUUUAUGUACUGUAACUGCUCAGAGCUUUAAAAGUAUCUUUAACAAUUGUCUUAAAACCAGAGAAUCUUAAGGUCUAACUAUGGAAUAUAAAUAGCUGAAAACUAAUGUACUGUACAUAAAUUCCAGAGGAUUCUGCUUAAACAAAGCAGUAUAUAAUAACUUUAUUGCAUAUAGAUUUAGUUUUGUAACUUAGCUUUAUUUUUCUUUUCCUGGGAAUGGAAUUAACUAUCUCACUUCCAGAUAUCCACAUAAAUGCUCCUUGUGGCCUUUUUUAUAACUAAGGGGGUAGAAGUAGUUUUAUUCAACAUCAAAACUUAAGAUGGGCCUGUACGAGAUAGGAAAAACCAACAGGUUUGUCUGAAGGACCCCGGGUAAAAUGUUAAUCUCCCAGCCCACCUCAACUCAGAGGCUACUCUUGACUUCGAUCUCUCCUGAAACGGCUCUGUCACAUCCAUCCGGGAAUCACAGGAACCCAAAAGAGCAUCCCUUUGGGCUUGGACCACUUACAGUGAGUGUGAUAAGGCCUACUCUAUCUUGGGAAGUGGCAGUUCCUGACUCGCUCACCACCUUUCAUCGGUGAACCGAUGAUGGCGUGGGAGACUUUCCCUUAAGUCAGUCAGGAACGAGUCAGUCAGCCUUUGGGUCUUCAGUUCCGGGGACUUGGGGCUGAGGGGGUAUAAAGAACCCUGGGCUGUCCAGCCUUAAUAGACUCCUCUUACAUUUCUGUCCUGUAGCACACUGCCUGCCAAAGUAGUCCUGGCAGCUGGGCUAUCUCUGUAGGAUC